AAUUUAAAAAGUAAUACUAUCCGCCAUGUUGGAUAUUGGUGGUCCGAGGAAUACAGUUCAGCUCAAGUACACGGAGUACGGACAUUAUACACGAACAUCAGAUAUAAUCGAUGCUAUAACCAUUAGCGGCACGUACGGUCUAACAUGGUCGACAAUGUUGUGGAGGCCUGGGACGUUCACUGUAGGCCUACUGCUGGUAGUUGUAUCGGUCUUCGCUGGAGAAGGCGGAAAAGGUUCUGACUCCUACAGUAGCAGUGGUGAAGAGCUCGAAUCUGGGAGCGAGGGAGAAGAUGGUUCGAUACAAACAGGUCACCAACACAAAUUCUGGGUCCCCACAUACAAGGGCACUAAUCCUCUCAACCGGCGGAAAAUAUCUAUUACUACUUCGGAGAUCGAGAAGUACGACCGCUCCAUCGACGUGUCCUUGUCUGGGGUUGGCAAGAACAGGACGCGGGUGAGAGAGUCGAGUGACUCUAUGCCUCUAAUCUGGAAUGGAGAUAACAUCCCUCGCAACAGCAGCGAGAAGAGCAUCGAGCUGUCGUUGGUGUCUAGAGAUGUAACGCUGGAGUCUGCUGAGGGGAGGAAUUCAUCGGGGGCAAUAAACAAGAAGUCAUUAAUUUCAAAAACUAAGUCUCACACGCCCCAAUCUGUGAGGGAGAAACAGCGAACGCCGAACAAACUUACAACUGUUAAGAAAAGGUAUUCGGAAAUAUCGACGAUGAAAAAUAUCAAAAAAAGCAAAUAUCUAGAAAAAGAGGUAACGUCACAGUUUUUCGACGAGCUCGGCAAAGCCAAAGACAAUGAAGCGAGAAAGACACCUGAGUUCUACAAACGACUGGCUAAAGACGCUGUUAGAAACACGGAGAAUAAGUUGAGUUCUCGGAGGACGAUCAGACCAAAAUACACUCGUUCUCCAAAAAGAUCCCGACCUGAGAUAAUAAAAGUGAACUUGGACAGCAAGAGUUUAGAGAAACCGAAUAUGGAAGAUGAAAUUCGUUUUUCUACAAGACACAAUCAAAAACAAGGUCAAAUUCAAGAGUCAGAAAUGAAAACUGGUGGAAAUAAAGGUAAAGAUUUCAGAUCUCAAUUGAAAAAAGAAAGAAAAAUAGAAUCCAUAGCUAAAGAAAACGGGAUGAAUAAAACAAAAAGUUAUACAACCGAUAACAGAAUACACAAAACAGAUAUUGCUUCACGAGAAGAGACAUCUCUGUUAUAUAACGAGGAUUACAGUGUACGGGAUGAUUCAAAUGGUGAAGUAGGCACAGAAGAAGAAGAAGAAGACGACGACGAAAGAGAAAAAGAAGAAGGGGAAGACAGUUUCACCGAAUUUUGCGACUAUAGCGCAUGGUCUGAUGCAUUAGCUAGAAAUAAAACUGUAAAAAAACAGAAAAAGAAAAAACCAAAACAAGAAGUUUUCGCUGAGAAGUCUUCAACAGAAAUGCGAAAAUGGCCUGGAAAAGAAAUAAAAGACAAGGCUGACAAGCUGAGGAAAAAGGAAGGGAAAGUUUCUAGAAAAAAGAAGAGGGAUAGAGCUCUUAAGAAAAGAAGAAAUGAAAGGAAAUCAAUGAAAAGUAAGGCAUACGAUGAUUAUGACUACGAAAAGACGAGUCCAAAGAGAACAAGAAAAUAUGAGUAUGACGAUAAUGACUAUCAAAAGAAGGGCCGAGCAAGAGCUGAAAAAUAUAAAGACGACUACGAUUAUCCCGAGAAGAAGAUUAGGAUGAGAACAGAAGGAGAAAAACGACACGCGGUUAAAGAAGUUAAAGCCUACUUGGAAAAGAUGGAUAAACAGUACGGAGGAAGACCAGGUAGGGACGGGAAAGAUAAAAUGGCACAAGAACAAAGAGGCCGAGGAAGAGAAUAUGAAAGAGGUGGGCGAUUUCGGAAUAGGGAAAGAAGAAAAGGAAGGGAUUAUGGGUAUAAAAGAAGAAACUUUGAGGGAGAUGAAGUUAGGAGAGGCAGGGGUGGAGAUAGAGGACGGGGGAGAGGUAGACAAGAUGAUUGGAGUAGAGGAAGAGAUAGAGGAUAUGAGAGAAGAGGUCGGGGAGGAUAUGGCGAUAGAGAAGGUGGAAGGAGUUAUAGGGGAAGUGGGAGGGGAAGGGGAAAUUAUAAUAGAGGACGAAGAGGUAACGGUCGAGGGGAAAGAAGAGGAAGUAGAGGACGAAGAGAUUAAAACCAAAAACCAAAGAGUACCAGCUUUACUGUAUGAAUGGAAACUCAAAAUUAAUUAAUAGGUUUCGUAUUAUAUAUGUACAGUUGCUUAAAGUAUUUUAUGAAUAGAUGAAUUAUAUGAUUUUAUAUAUAUUAAUCAUAUAAAC